ACUGUUAUUUCUGUUAGCUUUGUUGACUCUUUAUAACAAACAUGCAGCCCGGUACAAGCGGCGGUCCGGAAAAUCCAAAUGCCGUCUAUUUUAAUAGUAGGGGGAUGUGGAUAACGUAUAUUAUUAUUGUAGCAAUAUUACACUAUGUUCUGCUCAGCUUACCAUUCCUUAGCGUAGCAAUGGCAUGGACGUUAACACAUACACUCCAUAAUAUUAUUAUGUUGGUCAUCCUUCAUAUCGAAAAAGGAACCCCUUUCGAAACGACUGAUCAAGGAAAGUCGAGAUACUUUACUGUCUGGGAACAAAUGGACUAUGGCGAGCAAUUUUCAGCUUCAAAGAAAUUUUUAACUAUAACUCCAGUCGUAUUAUUCAUUUUGGCUAGUUUCUAUACAAAAUACGAUAGGACUCAUUUUUUUAUCAAUAUCAUAUCUUUGUUGACGGUAUUGGUACCGAAAUUGCCUAUGUUACAUGGUGUUAGAAUAUUUGGUAUUAACAAAUACUGA